AUGGCUUCUGGCUUUUGUGAAAAUUGCUCCCGACUGCUUAAAGAAAUUUUGGCUUGUUUGAGAAAGGUUUGCAGAGAGUUAGAGCAAAAAAUGGGUGAGGUUUUCGGGGAACUUUCUCGGUGCACCUGUUUUAGGAGAACCCCACAGAGUGGUCUCCUCAGGAGGAGGAGGACACAAGAGUUUCCCUCUGUACAACUGCUGAAUGAUGAGGAAACUCAACUACUUAAUCAGGAAAGUCUGCGUACCCUGAACAACCUUGCAUUCUCGGAAAACCAUGAUCUACAAACUACAGCAGCUAUGUUUUAUUUACAUGUCAGUCAUCAUUUGAAAUCACCUUUACCGGAUGCUUUCAUGGAGCCAGUCAUGACCUUACUUUUUUCAACUGACCUAGAUGUGCAAAAGACUAUAUCUCACUCUUUGGUCAAUCUGUUAGCCAAAAACAACGUGAGUAAAGAGUUAGUGAUUGAAAUGGGGAUGCUGGUGCCCAUACUGGAGGUGUUCCAGUCCGGUGAUGCCACCGCUCGGUGUCACUCGUGUGCCUGCGUCACCAUGCUGGCUUCCUCAGAAUCAAAAAGUGAAGCUAUCAUGUUGGAUUGCAUUAUGCCGCUGUUGGCAUUAGCGAAGUCCUACGAGCCACAAGUGCAACAGAAUGCUACCUGGGCUCUAUUACAUCUCACACAGUCAGAUUGGUCAACAAGGAUCUUAUGUGAGGUGGGAGCCAUUCCUGUCCUGGUUCUUCUGCUGCAGUCGUCAGAUUCAGAAGUUCAGUUUUACAGCUGCAGCGCUCUGUGCAACAUCACUGCUGUUCGGGAGCAUCACCCAAAGUUGCUCAGCAUGGGGGGUCAUUUUUUGUUAAAGUCCGUUCUGACUCUUGUGUCUUCCUCUGUGCAAAAGAAUUCAACUCAAGCCUGCAAAUGUCUACAAACCCUCACAAAGAACGUGCUGAUCCAGGAGCAGCUGAUGGAGCUCGACUGUGUGUCGCCCCUCAAGGCGCUGCUGAAAAACUCUUCUCCUGCGUGUAGAGAGUCAGCCAUAACACUGCUUUCAGACCUGUCGGCACACCCACCAAACAAUCAUGUCCUUGUGAGUGAGGGUCUGUUGGAUGAAAUUGGUCAGCUGCUUCAUCGCCAAACAUCAGUCGUAAUCACACACAGCUGCAAGAUAAUCACCAACCUGUGUAGCUCCAGCGUGGGUCAGCGGGCUGUGAUGGAAAGUCAGUGUUUAUCUGGACUCCUCGGGGCCCUUUUGUCUCCGUCCCUGUCGGAGGAGACUUUGCUCCACGUGACAUCAUGCCUACAUCACCUCAUGACCUGGGAUCAACUAAGGUCUAACUUGUCAGCGACAAUUAUAUCGGAGCAAGUUUCAAGACUCGUGAGGUUUUCCCGACAAAUGCAAAAUCCUCAGUUGUCCUGUAACUCUGCAGCCAUCAUCAGCACACUGGAAAUGACUGAUGAGACGGUCCUGUUGCUGAGACCUCACUACAUCAACAUGUUGGAGUACCUGUUGGUGUUUCUAAAAAAGAAAGAUGUUAAGUUGCAACACCUCUGCAUAAUCACAGUAUUCAACCUGAAGAAAGACGGAGUCUUUUCGUCUCUGUUGGCUGGCAGUGAGUUGGAGGCUCAGCUCUGCAAAGUGCGUGCGCAGACGGAGGAAACCAGGCGGCUGCUGCAAAUGUUUCAGCCUCUUUCUUGAGGCCCUCAGCACAAGAGCUGAGAGUUGUGCACAGUGUUUA